AUGAAAAAGAUCUUCAAUGACAUGCUCCAUAAAUUUGUUGAGUGCUAUAUUGAUGAUUUGGUGGUCAAAACUAAGAAAAGGGAAAAUCACCUAGAGGACCUUUGUACAGUCUUCAACCGGAUGAGAAAGUAUGACUUGAAUAUGAAUCCACUCAAAUGCGCAUUUGGAAUCACGUCUGGCAAGUUCCUCGACUUUAUUGUUCGACAUAGAGUCAUUGAGAUUAAUAAGUCCAAAAUCGAUGCUACAGAAAAGAUGCCACCACCAAAAAAUCUAAAGAAACUUAGAAGCCUCCAAGAUAACAAAAAUCCUUUCCACAACAGUUUAAUGGACAAACUUUGUGAAAAAUUUGGAUUUAAGCAACGCAAUUCCUCAAUGUACAAUGCACCUGCCAACAGACUGGUAGAGGUGUUUAACAAAACUUUGGACAACCUAUUGAAAAAGGUAGUUGCUAAAUCAAAGCAGGAUUGGCAUAAAAGAAUUGGAGAAGCACUCUGGGCAUACCGUACGACACAUCGUACACUAACAGAAGUCCUCUCAUACUCCCUUGUGUAUGGUGUUGAAGUGGUUCUUCCUUUGGAACAACAGAUUCCUUCAUUAAGGAUUACUAUACAGGAAGCUCUCACUGAUGAUAAUAAUGCAAAAUUAUGCCUUACUGAGUUAGAAGCAUUCGAUGAGAAGAGAUUGGAAGCACAACAAAAACUUGAGUGUUACCAAGCUCGACUCUCCAGACCUUUUAAUAAGAAGGUUAGACCCCGGUCUUUUCAAGUUGGAGAAUUGGUGUUCGCUGUUCGAAGACCUAUCAUCACUACCGAUCGAAUCAGCAAUAAGUUCUUGUCCAAAUGGGAUGGUCCAUACGUGGUGACUGAAGUCUACACUAAUGGAGCAUACAAGAUUGUUGAUGAAGAAGGUAUAAGAGUUGGUCCAAUCAAUUGCAAGUUCCUAAAGCACUAUUAUCCAUGA